AGCAGGACCCGGGAGCGGAAGCCAGGGGGCCAGAGGAGCCCAACGGCACCGUGCCCCCUCAUCCCUUCUACCCCAAGCGGCCAGACCGCGCCUCUUCCUACCAGAUGGCUGUCCAGGAGGAGCCGGCCUCCGGACUCAGCAAGGAGAAGGCCCACCACACCUUAGCGGACCUCAAGCGCCAGCGGGCAGCGGCCAAGCUGCAGCGCGCCCCCACGGAAGACCUCCCGCCCGGCACCAGCCCGGCUCACCCAGCCCCCCAGGCGGAGCCCAACGCCGGCGUGUGCUUCCCUGCGGCCAGCGGGGACCCUCCCCUCCUCAAGUUGACCGCUCCAGCCGAAGAGAGGCCGGCCCAGAAGAGGCGAUGUUGCCGGCUGAUGUGAGCAGUCCCCUCCUCUUGGGCCGGUGGAGCGGAUUAAUGUGGCGGCCUUGGCUCCCGGUGAACCGAAGGUCCUUGGCGUCCAACGAUGCCUGGCGUGGAGAUCUCAGGGAGGGCUGAAUGCCCCACUCAAGGGAGGAGCAGAGUUGGAAGGGGCCUCGGAGGUCAUCUAGGCCAACCCCCUGCUCAAGGACUGCGGACAAACAGCUGGGGUGUGUGUGUGUGUGUGUGCAGCUUGGUCUGGUGACUGGGCACUGAGGCCCAGCAGGGCAGGGAUGCCCAGGAGGCAUCGACUGGGGGUGCCAGGCAGAGAUACGGUGAGCCAGUUUGCCUGCCCCCCCGCCGUUCUCUCUCUCCGGCUGUGUCCCAGCUCUUUGGCUGCAGGAGGAGCUGAAAGGAGAGGGGGGCCAGGUCUGCCCCGUGGCAGUGGAGGACUUGCUUCAGCACCAAGGCGGUCCCAGCUGCAAAACCCCUGGGGAUCAUCGGAUGGCGGCAGCGAGCCGGUUUGCUUCCUGUCUUCGGCACCCCUUGGUGACUGUCUUACCUUUUGCAACCCAAAGUCGGUAGCCCCUAAGCCCAGGGCCUGCAAGGCAGGGCAACCUAUGGCCCUCCCUGCCUGGCACCUCCCCAGGCCUCUUCCGUGGCCGGCAAGGGCCAGCCGGGAGGCAGUGGGGGAAGCCUUGGGCGAUCGGAAGGGGUAGGAACUGGCAGGUCUCUUUGGGGCGGCUUCCUCGGCCUCCCAGUGGAGGAGAUGCUGGCCUCUUUCCCCUUGCACCCAAGGGCAGGUAGGUGUGUGUGUGAGUGUGUGUGAGAGAGAGAGAG